AUGGCGGAUGAUAUAGAGAGCUCGGGUGUUGGAGAUCAGAGGAGGGAAAUUAAAGAAGAAGCUCCGCAAAAUUUGGAGAAAAAUUAUGAGGUUUUAUUCGACGAGAAGCAUUUCGAGGCUUGUGUGACUAAUGGUGAGUGGGACAAGGUGGAGAAGUACUUAUCUGGGUUUGUUAAGAUUGAUCAAGAAUCAAUGUCAGUGCUGGUCUUCUUUGAGAUUCGAAAACAAAAAUAUUUUGAGGCGCUCGAGAGGAAAGACUUUCCCAAUGCUAUGGAUAUUCUUAAGAAGGAUUUGAAAUUCUUUGCCCGAUAUGAUCAAGAUCUUUUCAAGGAACUCACAAUGCUUCUGACCUUAGACGAUUUCAGGGAGAAUGGAAAGCUAUCUACUUAUGGUAAUGCCGAGUCUGCCAGGGCUGGGCUGCUUCGCACACUUAAACAAAAGAGUGCGAAUUAUGCUUCUUUAUGUCGCAAGCCUGAAUUUUGCAAUUCAGAUAACUCAAAGCAGACGACACCCGUGAAUCAGAGUUAUGGAAACAACCCAAUGGCUAACCCUCUAGUCGGACCAGGUGGUUCUUAUGUUCCUCCACCAGCAUCUCCUGUGAUGCCUAUGAUGCAGACACAAUACAGCAAUCUUAUUGCUUCUGCUUUCUCUACGGCGAACCCUUUAGCAGGCUUCAACACUACAAUUCCCGCACCAGCGUCUCUUAUGAUGCCUAUGAUGUCAAUGCAGAACACAUAUCUUAUUGCUUCGGUUCCUGUCUCUAUUCCAAACCUGAGCUCCAAUCCUACUUUUCCUUUUCAGCCUGCACUAGCAUUUCCUAAGAUACGUGUUGGAGGAUUUAUGCCAGGUCCAUCCUCUGUGCCACACAAAGCAGUUACUGCUCAGCCGUCCAAUCUAAACGCUCCUGCAAUUGAAGUUCGUGGACCACCACAUAAGAGACGAAGACUUGCUGGGACAGUGGAAAAGGUCGAUAGUUCAGCAGUCAAUGUUUCACCUGAAAUGUAUCAUGAUGCCUUGCCGCAGACUACUAUUGUCGAGUUCUACCAGGGAACUCAUUUUCUCUCACACAAUAAUUAUUUCUACCAGGGUUCUCAAGUACAGAGCUUGGAUUUUCAUCCUUUGCAACAAACUUUACUUCUUGUUGGAUCGGCUAAUGGUGAUAUCUCUAUCUGGGACAUGGGGGAAACGGAGUGGCUUGUCUGUCAACCUUUUGAGAUUUGGGACAUUGGGGCAUGUUCAUUAAGUGUUCAGACAUCUUUUUCUGGUGAUCAAACGGCAUCAGUAAACCGUGUUAUCUGGAAUCCUGAUGGUGAUUUUUUCGGAGUUGCAUAUUCCAAGCAUCUUGUGCACAUAUAUUCCUACAAUGCUGAUUUUUUAACAAAAUAUAUAGAGAUCGAUGCCCAUUUUGGCAAUGUAUAUGACAUUUCUUUCUCUAACCAAAGCAAAUCAUUAUGCAUCAUAACUUGUGGAGAGGACAACGCUAUAAGGAUGUGGAUGGCUCUUACUGAUGAGAGAUUUUCCCUAGUUUAUAAUUUUGUGGGUCAUGAAGCACCAGUUUAUUCUGUGUGCCCAUAUGAAGAUGGAAAGCAGUACCUCUUUUCAGUGGACACUAAUGGGAAAAUCCAUGCAUGGAUAUAUGGUACAAAGUUAUUCACUUGCGACGCAUGUCCAUCUUGGGGAAGGAUGGCACGCAGUGCUGAUGGUACAAGGUUGUUCUUCUGCGGAACAGUCAGCAAUGGAGAUUCCUAUCUUGUAGAAUGGGAUCAUAAAGAAGGUGGGGGCGUUAAGCGCAUGUAUCGAGGUCUUCGAAGGAGGUCUGCAGGUGUCGUGCAGUUUGACACUGCCAACAAUCGGAUUUUGGCUGCUGGUGAUGAGUUCCAAGUCAAGUUUUGGAACAUGGACUGUGUAAAACAGUUGAGCUAUUCCUUCGCCACUGGUGGAUUGCCGUCUCGUCCUUGCGUACGAUUUAACAAGGGAGGGACUCUGCUAGCAGUUUCAACGCUCGAGGAUGGUAUUAAAGUGCUUGCAAAUGCUGGUGGUCUUCAGCUUCUGCGUUCCAUGGAAAAGAGUCCGGUUACCUCCAGGAAGAGACCCCUUGAUGUUAUUGCCUCUGGAUUAGCCACUGCAACGCAUGAUGAGGUUGUUGGAGGAAGUCCUGGUUUUGGCUCUCGUGAGCAACAAAGUCCUGGUUUUGGCUCUUUUGAUCAAUGACGUCCUGAUGAUAACUCCGGGACCAGUGUGGAUCAACCACCUUGUUGAACCUCCAAUUUCGUUGUAGAUAGUAUGUAUUCCAUAGUCAUAUGAACUAGUGAUCAAGUCUUGUGGGAAUUUCCUCCAUACGUGUGUACAAAAGGGGUGGCGUACAGUGGCGUUUAUACCAAAGAACUGUAUUUUUUUUGCUGAAGAACUAAGCACUGGGGCUUUAUACCAUCGAACUUAGUAUGGAUGCGGAGAUUAUAGCUAAGUGUCAU